UCCGAAACAUUGGAGUGUUGGACCCCGGAGACCGUGGCAGCUGUUGCUACUCCCAGACCCUGGUGAUUGGGCUCAGCGGCCGUCGGAGGCCGAGCGAGCGGGAUGUUACGGGGUCUGGGCAGCUGGUUCGGCUUGGAACAGGGGUCGACAGGAGGUGAACCUCCGGCCGGGGGUAGCCCCGAAGAGGCGGCGGCGAGAGAGCCCGAGCAGCGGCCGAAGGAGUCGCGGGGAGGGGACGAAGAACUUUUCCAUCAGGCCAGAGGCCUCGGCAAUUACCUAUUUAACUUUGCCACUGCUGCUACAAAAAAGAUAACUGAAUCAGUUGCUGAAACAGCACAGACAAUUAAGAAGUCAGUAGAAGAAGGGAAAAUAGAUGAUAUCAUUGACAAGACAAUCAUAGGAGAUUUUCAGAAGGAACAAAAAAAAUUUGUACAAGAACAACAUACGAAAAAGUCAGAAGCAGCAGUGCCUCCAUGGGUUGACAGUAAUGAAGAAGAAACAAUUCAGCAACAAAUAUUGGCCUUAUCUGCAGAUAAAAGAAACUUCCUUCGUGAUCCUCCGGUGGGUGUUCAAUUUAAUUUUGACUUUGAUCAAAUGUAUCCUGUGGCUCUGGUAAUGCUUCAAGAAGAUGAACUACUGAACAGAAUGAGAUUUGAUCUUGUUCCUAAACAUGUAAAAGAGGAAGUAUUUUGGAGGAAUUAUUUUUAUCGUGUCUCCCUGAUUAAACAAUCUGCACAGCUGACUGCACUGGCAGCCCAGCAGCAAGCUGUGGAAAAGGAGGAAAAAUACAAUGGCAGAGAAGGUGACUCACAGUUGACAGAGGCAGUACGACCUAAAACCCCACCUGUUGCAAUUAAAUCUCAACUUAAAUCUCAAGAGGAUGAAGAAGAGAUAUCAACUAGCCCUGGUGUAUCUGAAUUUGUUAGUGAUGCCUUUGAUGCUUGUAACUUUAAUCAGGAAGAUCUAAGAAAGGAAAUGGAACAGUUAGUUCUUGACAAAAAGGAAGGGGAAAUAACUGUAUUGGAAGAAGAAUCUACAGAUUGGGAAAAAGAACUACAGCAAGAACUUCAGGAAUAUGAAGUGGUAACAGAAUCAGAGAAGCGGGAUGAAAACUGGGACAAAGAAAUUGAAGAAAUGCUUCAGGAAGGAAAUUAACAGUUUCAUGUAAUAUAUAUCUUUAAACAGUCCACACACUGACAUGAAAUUCUGUUAGCAGCCUGAACUCCCUUAAGAAAAAGAAACUGAAGAGUAUGUAAUGGCACAUUUAAGAUCAGUUUAUAGGGGGAAACCAGCAUUAUUUCUUUAUAAUUGAAUAUAAUUCAUUCCUAAUAAUCACCAUAACAAUUGCUUAUUUGAAUACUUAGGAACCCUACAGGCUAUAAUUGAUGUAAAUGUAGAAGAAAAUGAAGAAAGAUUUUAGAAUACUUUGAGAAAUUUUAGAAUUUCUUUGAGGUUAAAAGUAGGACAUCAUUAAUUUAUUCUUUAUGCAGAGUUUUAUAAAAUUUCUUCAUAUUUGUACUUUUAUCACUGAAAGUGCUCUGUACAUAUGCAUUAAAAUACGUCAUUCUCUUUAA